UAUGGAGUGAAAGGUGCGACUUUAUUCCUGGAAAUCAAAACUGGAGAUGAGAAGUAAUUUCACCAAUGUUUGGGGACAAGUGAACAGCACAUGGCAAGACACUAUAGAAGUUGCGUUUGUAAUUGCCAAUUGUCUGGUUUUGCUGGUCACUUUGCACGUUGGAUUUCUCGCAAACUUGUUCGUGGCGUGGGCCGUGCACCACCAGAAGUCUCUCCAGACGUCCAACAACGCUCUCCUGGUGAAUCUGGCCGUUAUUGACAUCUUGCGAUGCGCUAUUGAUUGUCCAUUGCUUCUCAGUGUCGUUUUGAGCGCUCGCGACACGCGAGACCUCGGCGAUCUGUUCUGCAGCGCGCAGAUCGCGUCGUUUUCUCUCAUCUGUUGCAUGCAGUUGCUCACGCUGGCGUGCAUCAGCGCCGAGCGAUAUCAAGCCAUUGCACAUCCGUUUAAAAAUGCCGAGCGCAGAAAACGGAUAACGGCGUGGAUUGCGUUGACAUGGCUGUUUCCCAUCUCCAUAUCGGUCAUUUGCGUGGUUUUCGCGAAAGACUCGCCGGUGUACGUCAGAUGCAGAGGUUUGCGCGUGGACACGUUAGACUCGUAUGACACGUUUGGAGUUUACAUUUUGACUCCCGUCUGGUGCGUUUGUUUGACGCUCAUUAUUGGAUUCUACGGCCGUAUUUUCUUUUUAGUCAGAGCGCACGGUCGGAAAAUCUUUGAUAAGGGGUCGCUUCCACCACCAAAGAAGAAGAAAGAUAAUACAGAGCACAAAAAAGAAGAAAAAGCUGAUAUUAAAAAUGAUGCAGAAAAACAACAAACAUUCAAAAGUGACAAUUUAAAACCGAAUCAAAAUGAGUCACAUGAAGAGAAUCCACUGGAUUUGCAUCCAACAUCUGAUGAACUUACCACAUCAUUUAGGAAUGAGUCCUUGGAUAUAAACAAACCAGAUCUUGCCAAUGAAAUACCCAGAGAAACCAAAGUCACCUUUAUAGAUGAACUUUCCAACGAAGCACCACAGGUUCAAGAAGUUCGUGUGAAGCCAAACGACCACCAACCUACUUCUGAAGAAAGUUCUUCAUUAACUAAUGAAGAAGACGAGGAGGGUGGUGUGGUACCAAAUGUGCAGCACGAUGUUGCUGCAGAACGUUCUCAGUCAUCAGUAAAAGGAGAAGAUGGGGACCAACUAGAUCAUACUUUAGAAACUUUUCCUCCUCCAGCUACUGAAGAAUACAGUACUGUUAAGUCAAGCCCUUCACAAGAUACUACUGAAGUAACUUCUCCAGCAUCAGGGAAUGGAGAUAAAGGUGCUGAUAAGCAAAGUGUUCCUCAAGAAACGGCUGCAGAAACUUCUCCUGCAUCGACCGGAGAAGCCACAGCUGCUCCACAGGAGGAGGAGGAGGAGGAGGAGGCGGCAGGUGCCGUCUGUAUGAUGCCAUCUCUCGCCCAAAGAGAACGAGGGAACGCCAAGAAGGAGAGCAAACUGGCCAAGCGCUCCGGAUACAUCAUCUUCACCUUCCUCAUAUUUUGGAUCCCGCUGAUUGCGACAGUGGUUUUAAAUCACUUCUUUUACCAAAACGACAAUCUAACAGUGGAGGUUUUUCGGGAGCUGGAGGUUUUAACAGUGUCUUUGGUCUGCAUGACAUCCCUCACCAACCCGAUCAUCUAUGCUGCGGUCAACCCUCAGUUCCGCACAGAGUUUCACAAUCUGAAGACAAAAUGGAAAGCGUUUUUUACAUAUUCAUAG